GGAGUUGUUGUGCUCCUCACAGGCAGGGGUUCAUCUUGAAUUGACGUCUUCGUAAUUCCUUCUCCAGGCUUUUCUGAUUUUUGACCUGAUCCUGGAAAUCUCACGAUAGCUUCACUCGCAAGUCGAAACAGUUGCAAAUAUUUCGCCAGCGGUCCAGCGAUUGCGGACCCGGGAACAGACCACCCAGAACACUUCAGCAUACCCUACACAACCCUCCCCUUGACUUAGUCUUGUCCGAAAAUGGCCACAGAGGCUCUCUUCUCGCUCAAGGGCGAGACUGCCCUCGUGACUGGCGGCACCAGAGGUAUCGGCCAGGCUGUUGCCAUUGCCCUCGCCGAGGCCGGGGCCGACAUCAUUCUCAUCCAGCGCAACACCUCCGCCACCGAGACGGCCGACUCGAUCACCGCCCUGGGCCGCAAAGUGAGCACCUACACCGCGGACCUGUCCUCGGCGAGCGACGUGGCGGCCCUGACGCCCAAGAUCCUCGCCGACGGCCACGAGGUCCGGAUCCUGAUCAACUGCGCGGGGAUCCAGAUCCGGCACCCCUGCGAGGCCUUCCCGGACGCCGACUUCGCCGCCGUCAUGCAGGUCAACCUCAACACCGUCUUCACGCUGUGCCGCGACGUGGGCGCGCACAUGCUCGGCCUGCCCGACAGCCCCGUGACAGGGCGAAAGGGGAGCAUCAUCAACUUUGCCUCCCUGCUCACCUUCCAGGGUGGGCUCAACGUCCCCGCCUACGCGGCCAGCAAGGGCGCCGUCGGCCAGCUGACAAAGUCCCUCGCCAACGGCUGGAGCGCAAAGGGCAUCACCGUCAACGCCAUCGCCCCGGGGUACAUUGCGACCGAGAUGAACACGGCCCUGCUCAACGACCCGGACCGGCUGCGGAGCAUCAGCGAGCGCAUCCCCGCCGGGCGGUGGGGCCUGCCCGAGGACUUCAAGGGCAGCGUCGUGUUCCUAGCGAGUAAGAGCUCCGCGUACGUUAGUGGGCAUACGCUCGUCGUGGACGGUGGCUGGAUGGGGAGGUAAAGAUGCGGGGGAGUUAUGGACCGGGGAAAAAAUUAGUGUUUAAGCACCAGGAAGACUGCUGGGACUGAUCUCGUUCCCAUGCUUUUAAAUA